AUGUGGUAUUGGUGGCGCAGGCCUGAGGCCCCCAAGCUGGAAGAGGCGGAGGAAGAGCUUCUACAAAGCGAUGUCAUCAGCAAUUCCUUAGGUUCAACACCGAUCCUCACAGACAAGGGCCAUACACUUCGCGUGUCGUGGAGCUGGACUCUCCAGUCGGUGAUGUUGGUGUGCUCCUUUGCAUUUUUCAUAUCAGGCUGUUAUGAUGAGCCAACAGAAGCUGCAUGUACCCGGAAGAUGUUUCCGUACUCACCUGCCUUGGAAGCCGUCGAAUAUCAUGAUGAGACUAUAAAGGGUGAAUUCAUGCAGCCAUCGCCUUUCCGCGGGACGCCGACGCCUGAGCUUGACGCCCGCUGGGAGGAAAUUGCAGAUGGAAACGCGUUCAAUGUUGCCUCUGAUAAGAUUCACCUCCUGAACAAAUCCAUCUCCCGGCCGUGGCAUCACACAGAUCCUAUAUAUGGUGGAGGAAUCGCAGCCCAAUCUUGGGGUAGCCAUCAGUUGCACUGCCUUAACAUUCUUCGUCAAGCGACGUUUGAGGAUGUUUACAGGAAAGCCGAUCGAUUGCCCGAGAUUCUCCGUGUCACCAAUGAAGUUCGCCGCAACCACCUUGGUAAGAGCCAUUUUGCCGCCAUCUCGGUGUUCUACAACCACAAAAUAUGGCCAAGAGUCUAA